AUGAAGCUGUCGUUUGUUCUCCUGCUCCAGACGAUCAUAGCUGGUCAAGUCGGUUGCUACUUGGUAGCGCCGCCUGGUCCACCAGCGCCCGGUUCAGAUCCAGGAUGUACCAUGUGGUUUCAAGACUCCUAUGGGCUCAAUUGCUCCAUCGUUGAGCAGUACUACGGAUUGACUGAGUCCCAAUUUGAAGCCUGGAAUCCAAGCACCACCGAUGCCGGUUCGGCAUGCCACAUGGUCAAGAAAUUGUAUUACUGCGUACAAGUCAAUUAUUCCUCCAUGUCCAUACACAGUAUCUCGCCACCAACUUCGUCGACGACUGGCCACCCGCCGACCUCCAAGGUGACGCUGGAGACACCUCCGCCAACACAAAACAGCAUGCUCUCCAGUACCAUACCCCAGGGCGGCACCGGCCAGGCCAGUACACACUCUAGUACCCAGACCACAGUGGUUGUCCAGACAAGCAGUACUCUUAUCACGAACGUGCAGACGACUGGAACCACCAAAGCGACCACCCCAUCAGCUACUACAACGGGAGCGACAAAGACAACCACGGCGAAUGGAAACGGCGUCACAACUCCAACACCAUAUCAACCAGGCAUGACGACGAGCUGUCGCUCUUUUCAUCUUGUUGUAUCGGGUGAUACAUGCAGUGCUAUCGCGUCUGCGGCCAGCAUUUCCCUGGGUCAAUUCUACAGCUGGAACCCGGCCGUCGGCAACUCAUGCGCCAGUCUCUACCUCAACUAUUACGUCUGCGUUGCCAUCAUCGCCCCCGACUCGUCUUCUCCGGGAGCGACAACCUCUACUGCACAAUCCCCUUCACCGACCACAUCCGCCAACGGUGUCGCCACCCCAACGCCUUAUCAAUCAGGAAUGUCUGCAAGCUGCCGUACUUUUCACCUGGUUACCUCGGGUGAUACGUGCUACGCUAUUGCUCAAGCGGCGGGUAUCUCUCUCAAUGACUUCUACGGGUGGAAUCCGUCAGUGGGGAGCAGUUGUGGUUCGUUGUGGCAGGGUUACUACGUCUGCAUCAGUCAAAUAACUUCUAAAUGA